AUGUCAGUGACGACCACGGAAAACCCAGUGUCAUACACGCUCCAGAACACGCUGCAGGACUACGAGGUUCAAGUCGACGGCGCCUGCGACCUGCCGCAGCACCACUGGGUGCCUCUGCGCGACCGCGAGGCACCCGAGGCGGACAACCCGCCGGAUUGGCCCACGGACGAGCGCCGGGGCAUGCCUCGCUACCGCCCGAUCAACUAUGAGCUGGACACGGCACAGAGGCCGUGGGGCGCCAAUCCGAUCGGGACGGCUUUCGUGGCGACCAUGUUCACUGGGGUUUGGAUCCAAGCUACUGCGUCGUGGGUGUGGAGGAAGACGGGUGGACGGUUUAAUGAUACGUAUUUCAGGUAUCAGAUUGGAGGGGAGGUUUAG